AUGUUCCGUAACCAAUACGACAGUGAUGUGACCGUUUGGAGCCCGCAGGGCCGUCUUCAUCAGGUUGAGUAUGCCGUCGAAGCGAUGAAGCAAGGUUCGGCGACCGUCGGAAUCAAGAGCGAGACGCACGCCGUCAUUGUCGCUUUGAAGGUAUUUUUAGUUCAAGAUCUACGUUUUUAUUAUAUUCAUUCACAGAGAGCGCAAAACGAGCUGUCAUCUCACCAGAAGAAGGUUUUCGAGAUUGAUACCCACGCCGGUGUCUCCAUCGCUGGUCUGCUUUCAGACGGUCGUAUUCUCGCUCGCUUUCUUCAGACCGAGUGCUCCGAUUGGCGCUGGGACUAUAAGCAGCCAGUUCCUAUCAAGAAGUUGGCUGAGGCUAUGCAGUUGAGUGAGUUGAAUUUCAUAAAACUCAUUGUUAUACUUUUUUUCCAGAGCUUCAAGCUAACACCCAGUACUACGGACGUCGUCCGUUCGGAGUUGGAAUUCUCAUCGCAGGAUAUGAUGUAUGUCACAAACUGAAUUAUAUCUUCAAACAGGUUCUUUGCAGAAAGACGGAGCGCACAUCGUCCAAACUGACCCGUCGGCGGAGGUUGUCAGCAUGCAUGGAACAUCCAUCGGAGCUCGUUCGCAGUCGGCUCGCACUUAUCUCGAAAGAAAUGUCGAGAGCUUCGAGAACUGUAUACAGGCCGUACCUGUAACAUCAAUAAUCCCCAUUUUUCAGCGACUCCUGCUCAGCUCAUCGUUCAUGCUCUUCUGGCUCUUCGCGACACCCUCCCGGCCGAGGAAAACCUGAGCGCCCAGAACACUUCUAUCGGAAUUGUCGGAAAGGACAUGCCCUUCAACAUUCUUGAUGACGAGCAGGUCGGCAUCCACCUCAACCAAGUUGCGACUCAUCCUCGCAACAUCGCUGGAGCUCAGGGAGCCGCCGAGCCAAUGCAAUCCUAA